UUUCCUGAUUCAACGGCAAGAAAGAUCAUGGAGGUCACAUUUCAACCUGCAGCAUUCGCACCCAGAGACUUUCACACGAGCUUAAUGGGCUGCUGUGAAGACAUGAGCAUAUGCUGUUGUGGCUAUUUCUGCCUCCCGUGUUUGGGCUGCUCCAUUGCUAAGGACAUGAAUGAGUGCUGCUUAUGUGGCUUAGGAAUGCCGAUCCGAAGUGUAUACCGAACUAAAUACAACAUACAAGGAUCCAUGUGUAAUGAUUUUUGUGUCGGGUACUUCUGCAUGUCUUGUGCAGCUUGCCAGCUGAAGAGAGACAUUGAAAUUAGGAAGAGUACUGGAGAAUUCUGAGGAAACUUUCUUACACGGAGCAAAAGCGCUGAACAUAAUUGUUCUUUUUCCAAAAGGCAACUGAGAAAAAUGCUAUCUAGCAGUCUAUCUACAGCACACUACCAUGUAGUCCUUAAUUAUUGGGAACUAAUCAAACUUUAUGACUUGGACAGUAUGAAAGUACAGGCUGUUGCUGGCAUCAGACUGAAAACAGCCUUUGGACCACAGAC